UGACAACUAAAACUUGUAUCCAGCUUGAAGUUGUAUAGUUAGAUGAAACCGGUAACCAAUCUUCAUAUACAUGGUCUUCUGAAUUUUACUUCCUGAAAUAUAUGAUAAAGAAAGACAUAUCACCGGAAAACUUUUGUUGUUUAAAAACGAAUCGAUGAUAAGUCAACGUCACAGUGAGGAAAAGCGGUAGGAUUGAGAAUGUAACACAUUCGUUGACUGGAUUUUAUUUCAUAUGAAGACGGAAUUUUGUAGAUUUUGAAAUGGGUAAUUGUUGUGGCAAAAGUGACCAAUCUGAAACUAAAGAUAAAGAGUUUGAUAAUAUAAAGGGUAAAGACGAUGUAGUAAAACAACCAAGGAAAAACAGCUAUACAAAAGAUCCAACAAAUUUACCAACUCCGGGUUCCGGAAAUGAACAGUUCAAUGAGCUUGACUUAUCUGGUUCUGGAGGCCCACAGCGUAAAAUACAUGCUUUAUAUGAUUACGAUGCAAGAACGGAAGAUGAUCUGAGUUUCAAAAAGGGAGACACUCUUGUCUUACUGGACCAGGGAGCUGAAGAGAAUGAAGACUGGUGGUUUGCUCGACAUACAGAUCCAAGUUACCAGAACAGUAAAUAUGAGGGAUAUGUCCCGAGGAACUACGUGGCUAUUGAGGAUACAAUAGAGUCCCAGGAAUGGUAUUUUGGGAAAGUGACACGAAAAGAAACAGAAAGGAAUUUGUUAGCUAAAGGAAAUGAAGUAGGGACAUUCUUGAUUAGAGAAAGCGAGACUUGUCCAGGGAGCUAUGUAUUGUCAAUUAGAGAUUAUGACCAAAACAAAGGCGAUUGUGUGAAACAUUACAAAAUGAGAAACAUGGACGAUGGUGGUGUGUACAUUGCAGCUAGACGACCCUUCAAGUCUAUUAUGGAACUUGUUGAGCACUACAAAGGUAGCGCAGACGGUUUGUGUCGAUCGUUGAAGAGUCCGUGUCCAAGGGCAGCUCCUGUUAUGUCCGACUUGAGUCGAGAAACAAAAGAUGCAUGGGAAAUCCCAAGAGAGUCUUUACAACUCAUGAAAAAACUUGGUGCUGGACAGUUUGGGGAGGUGUGGAAAGGAAAGUGGAACAAAACAACAGAUUUCCCAUCAAAAUUAAACCGGGAAAUGAAAGGAAGAUUUUUAAACCCGGGCUCAGAUUAUAAAAAAAGGGGCAUGAUAAAUUACAUUUUGCUGAAUUAUUUGCGAGAAGGUGAUGGGAGGAAUCUAAAAUUCCCAGAAAUGGUUGAUAUGGCUGGACAGAUAGCAAGUGGCAUGGCUUAUUUAGAGAGAAAUAAAAAGAUCCAUAGAGAUCUAGCGGCCCGAAAUAUAUUAGUUGGUGACAAUAAUAUUGUCAAGGUCGCUGACUUCGGUCUGGCUAAGAUUAUUGAGGAUGAUGAAUAUAAUCCUAAACACGGAACAAAGUUCCCAAUCAAGUGGACCGCUCCAGAGGCUGCAAUGUAUCAGAGAUUUACUAUAAAAUCAGAUGUCUGGUCAUAUGGUAUUUUACUGGUAGAGCUGACUACACAUGGACAAGUUCCAUAUCCAGGUAUGUCAAACCGUGAAGUGUUAGAACAGGUACCACGUGGCUACCGGAUGCCUCAACCGGAGAAAUGUUCUGACCACAUGUAUGAAAUUAUGUUGAAAUGCUGGGACAAGAAAGAAGAACUAAGGCCAACAUUUGAAUAUCUAUGGACAUUUUUCGAUGACUAUUUUGUUUCCACAGAACCAAACUACCAACAAUCUGAUUAAAAGGUUCUCUAGAAUAAACAUUUGAAUGUGUCUUCAUAAAGAUAUCUUUUUUUCUUAUCGUAAAAGACUUAUAUAUUUUUUUAGUACAAAACCAAAAAGAUUUGUCUGUCUCUGGUUUUUGGAUAAAUCCCUAGAUCAUUAUUGCUUAUUCAUUUUUCACCAUUUUUCCUGCUGAAUAAAGUGAUUUCAUGAGAAGAAUUUCUCCUAUUUUGUAUGUAGGAUUGCACAUAAUGAUUAAAUGGAUUUUAAUAUUUGAUAUUGGUGACCUAGGAAAGACAUUUUUGCAUUCACAAAGUAAAACAUUUUAUAGUAACUUUAAAAAUAUAAUGUACUUUUUUUAAGUUAAGAUAAAAGAAGGCUAUUUGGUGUUUCAAAUGGAAGCCAGUGACAAACAUUUUGAUAAAAAUUUUACCUUAAACUGCUGAAUUUCUUAAGAAAUGAUCAAUUUUGGGGAUAUCAAGAUGAAAAUUGAAAUUUAUCAGCCGACAGUUUAGAGCCUGGUCAGACUGUAUGGAUGUCAAGGCUGGCCUGGCUCUAUACUGGGGGGCAAAGGCUGUGGUCACGUCCGAUUUCAGCAGUGUUAUGAAAAAUUCUAUUUGGACAAAAUUUUGGUAGAACAUCUUUUUUUUCUUUGUCUGUAUUAAAUAUAUGUAUAACUAGUGCAUAAGAUAAAAGGUAAUCUUUUUAUAUGUUUAGUCUGCAUUUACAAAAGUUUUUUUUGUUAUUUUUUUUUUUCUCAAUUCAAUGUUGGUCGAAAAAUAGGGCAAAUACAGUUGCACGAUUAGAAUGUAAUACAUAGUUUCAUGUUAAUUUUUAUCUGAUUUGAGUAUAUUUACAGAUAAACAUUUACAUUGAAUUCUUUUUUGAAUUCAUUAGAGCAUCAUUUACACAUGUUAUUUAAUAUAAUUGAACAAAUUAUAUAGAUAUAUUUUUAUAUCAAACUUACAAAUUAUCUUCUUUUUUCGAGAAAUGUUGACCUAUUCAUUGAUAUAUUUCACUGUUUUAUUGAUACAUUAAUGAAACAUUUAGACUUGUAUAUCUCCUUGUAAAGCACUGCGAAACUGGUCUUUAAAAAAAACAGGUACUUUUUACCUAGCUGGAUAGUUCCUAAUUUAGCAGUCUCUGGAAAGUCAGAUACGUUCGCUCACUGCCCUUGCUAAAUAGUAGCAGGUUUACAAUUUUUUUGACAGCAUUCUCUACUGGAAAAGCUGAUACUUAUUACCAGUACAUGUAUGUCAAAGUAGCUUUUAGGGGAAAUGUGCAGCAGCUUUGAUAAAAACAGCCAUCAUGACCUGCCCUUAGUAACUGCAACAGAUAUGCUUAUAAUUGUUAUAACUCUUGAGGACUGUUAUUUUAUUUCUAAGUCAUGUUGAUAAAGAUUCUUCUUUUGUAUGUUGCCAAGUAACAUGUCUAGAUGUAUCAAUAUUUUCCUUUAGUGACUUCUUAAUAUUGUUUUCACAAAAUCAAGUGCUAGGCCCUGUGACAAUUGAAACUGAUUCUAUGUGGAUUUUUCAGAAAUUAACGAUGUUUUAUAACGUUAAGAAUUUGAGCAUUGCAUAUGAAAAGGUACCUGUUAUUAUAUUUGAUAAGUUAUCUUUAUAACUAUAAAGAUAAAUAUCUUUAUACAUCAAACAAUUCCAAUCAUAACUCCCUCCUAAUUCUUUUAAUGGACUUGUCCUAUUUUGAAUUUGGAACAGUCAAUUUUGAGUGUAAGAAAAAUGUUAUAACAAAGUGCUAAAAUUAUGAAGCCAGCAGUAUAGUGGCUGUUCUAACAGCCUUCAUCAUUGAGAGUGUCAGUUUGUGUGUUGCCAUGUCCUUCAUUAUAUUUGUAUAUUGUAUUAUUUUUGAGAGAAGAAUGUUUAAUAUAUGUAUAUAUUUGUGUUAACAGAUAGCUAUUAUAUUAUUAAAAAUAUAAAUUUUGUACUAUUUUUUGAAAAAAUAGGAUAGUUGUUAAAAACUUUGUUACAUAGAAUUUUAAUAUACAUGUAUAUGGCCAGUUCGUGCCAUAUUUUGAAAUAGCUUCUAUUUUCUUGUUUCCUACAAAAGCUUCAUUUUCAUAACCUAUAUAUAUAUGCCACACUUGUAUAUAUACAUAUUUGUAUAAUUAUGUAAAUGGAUAAAUUUAACAAUUUAUUAUGUGAUACAAAUCUUAAAUGAUUUGAGCCGUGUCACGACAAAACCAACAUAAUGGGUUUGCGACCAGCAUGGAUCCAGACCAGCCUGCGCAUCUGCGCAGUCUGAUCAGGAUCCAUGCUGUUCGCUUACAAACCCUAUAACAAGUAGAGAACCUGAUAGCGAACAGCAUGGAUCCUGAUCAGACUGCGCGGACGCGCAGGCUGGUCUUGAUCCAUGCUGGUCGCAAACCCAUUAUGUUGGUUUUGCCGUGACGCGGCUCAUUUUUUUUGUCUUACAUAACUUCAGGAAGAUCAAUGUUGCUACAAGUGCAGAUACCGUAUUGUUUUCUAUAAAAAAAAAAUUAAAUUUUGGGACCUGUAAUUUUUCAAGAGUGCAACUUGUGAAAUAGGAAAAGGUACUUCAUGUAACCACUAAAUAUGCCAUCAUAUUUAUACAGCUUUUACAGAUAUGGUUUUUGGUGUUAAAUGUUUCAUGUUUUAGUUAUUGGCAGUUUUAUUGAAUGUAUAUGUCAUAAUUGAGGGGACUAAUAUUUCAUAAUUAAAUUAAGUAAUAGUGGUGAUAUAUAAUAAAUACCCUGCAUUUCCUUAUUAUUGAAUUUAUUUACUUGUUUUGUGGAUUGUAUAAAAAGAUAUGAAAAUGCCCUGAAAGGACCCAAAGAGGUGGAAAUUUGAGGGGAGCUUUUAUAUGAAACAAUACGGUAGAUACAGAAUCGGGUACAGUAGUUGCAUGUACAUGUAUAUCAAAGUCAUUGUACAGUUAUAUCUCUUUUAGUAUCAAAUUUUUGAAAUAAAUUCUUGUAUUGUUAAUGAAGUUAUUUGAUUUUUUAGAAAUCUCCGUUAAUUGUCAUAUAAUAAAAAAAUUAGCAAAUGUCGUGACCUUAGUGCAGUAACAGGUUAAAUCCUUCUUAAUUUAAUAGGAGUUAACCAGUUAUUGCACUAAGAUGACAAUAUGUGUAUAAUAAAUAAGUGGUGAAUGUUUAUUUUUGUACACAGAAUCCAUGAUUCAUACAUUGUUAUGUAAAUAUUCACUGUUGAACCAUCAAUUACAGUUUACUAAUUGACCUGAACUGCGUAGGCUACUAUGAUUUCUGCAGGAUAGCUAUAAGUAGAGAGUUAUUCAUUGUUUUGCGCUGUUCAUAUUAGACUUUGUACUAACAGUUAUCAAGAAGUCAUAAAAUGUGCUGGGCACAGUCACGUUUGUACUUUUAUAUAGAUGUUUUUUGUCUUUUUACAAUAUAUUUACCAGUUUAAUGAAUCCUAGAUAAACAUGAUUCUAUUUUGUGUUUGUUUGUUUGUUUUUUUAGAAUUAUGUGACUACAUUUUUUAGAGAGAAUUCCAGAUAUAGUUAUGUAAUAAAACCAGAAAUUUUCAAGGUAGAUUUUGCCAUGUACUAGUUAUAAAAAUAUAACAAAAUGUUAUGACUUUACUGCGUCAAACUUCCUUAUUGAACCAUUUUUAUGUGCUUCCAAAAUAAAUAUUUUCAUUAUUGUUUGUAUCUGAUCGGGACAAUCAUUUCCUGUAUUUGUUUUGCAGACUGCUGCACCAUCUAUGUAAUCAUGCAAGGGAGAUAAUUUAUAACUUAAAAUCUUUCGAAUUUAAGACAGCUUUAUAAAUGUAGCUUGUUAGAGAAUCUAUUUUUAGCAACUGAAACAUACAUACCGGUAUUUUGUUAUUUAGUUGUGACGUGUCAUGUGAAAGAUACUAGUGUUGAGUAUUAUCUCUAUUAUUUCCCUUGACAGUAAGGGACAAAUUAGAAUAAACCAAUCUCAUAUUACAAUAAGUUAAAAUUUAUUACAAUUAAUUUUGGUCAGAAAAAAACCCUCGGUCAAAAAAAUGUACAAUGAUUGACAAGAUUUUUUUAUUCUGUUAUUAAAGAUAGAAAAAAGUUUAUUAAUAACAGAAUAAAAAAAGUUUACAUAUAUGGUAUUUGAAUACCAGUUACAAACAAAUCCUUCAUUUAUGAUGUUGUUUAUGUUAUUAAAAACAGGUAAAUACCUAUCUUGUUUAUGUUAUUGAAAAUACCUAAAUAUAGCAUAACUGGUUUCUGUUCACAUGAUGUGUCACAUUGACAUUGAUUUAGAUUCAUGUUGCUAUUCAUUCAUUUCAUAUAUAGCUGAAUUUCAUAACAAAAUAUCAUUCACCAUAGCUCAUAAACUUAAAUACCAAGUUAUUUGUUUCUGCUUAAAUUUCAUAGAUGCCGGUUGCCACAGUUAUCGGAUGUUUUUGUUUGUUUUUGUAUUUUUUUUCCUUCCAGUGUUCUCUUUACAUUCCAUUAUUAUUGAGUAUAAUUCUAUGUUAAAAUCUGUAUUGAUUUUUGUACAUCCGUCAUAUUUCCUGUUGAGCCAGUGCUACAAAAAUAAACUUGUUAUACAUCAUUAAUGAUAAACAAAAACACAAUGAUAAUUGUUGACCAUUCCAAAAGCAAAAUCGCGAGAUAAUUUAUUUUCAUUACUUGCAACUGGUUACUGCCCAUGAAAUGAAAUUAUCAUAAGAAAUAAUUCAUACAAAGUUUAUUUACUAUAAAUUCAAAGACACAUGCUUAUGAUGAACAAAAUGAAAUUAUGCUAUGAAAUAAUGCACACAAAAUAUGAUUAUUUUAUAAAAUUAUGCAAAGAGAGGCAACUGUGACCUUUACCUUCACCAGUAAAUGCUGGAAAGUCAAAGUACUAUGACCAUUACAAUGUUGCCAUGACAACAGACAAGACAUAAAAAUAGACAUGUUAUAUAUGGGUGUAAAUAUUUAGAUUUUUGUAACGAUAUUUAAAAUCUAAUAUCUUGUUAACUUGGAAUGUGAGUCAGGAAAAUUGAAUGAUACUAAAAAAAACAAGGCAUCUAAAUACAUCAUGUAAGGAUUAUUUUAUGUGCUAUAACAUUUUAAGAAUGAACAAACUUAUUUUACUAAUACUUGGAUGGUUGGCAAUAAAUGUGGCCUGUAACAUUAAAGCUCAAAAAAUAUACAAGGUUUAUAGGUUUUUACAGAUUAUUAUAUAAUAUAAUGUGAUCAGAGAUUGUAGUUAGUUACUACUUUACCAGUAACAGUGAACAAAACAUUUAACCAUGCAUGAAAUGCCAUUAACUUUACUAUUUCAUCCUCUUUUUUUACAUCAGUAUUGAUAAAAAUUGUAAAUAAAAUCAACAUAUAUAAA